CCCUCUCACCAUCGCAUUUCACAAUGCCUCCUACUCUCCUCCUCCUCCUCCUCCUCCUCCCACCCUCCCUCGCCUCCCCCGACCGCGACAUCUACGCGCUCGCCAAGCUCAAGGCGGCGCUCGUCCCAUCCCCCUCCGCCACCGCCCCACCGCCGCUCGCCGACUGGGACCCGGCCGCGACCUCCCCCGCGCACUGCACCUUCUCCGGCGUCACCUGCGACGGCCGCUCCCGCGUCGUCGCCAUCAACCUCACCGCCCUCCCGCUCCACUCCGGCUACCUCCCGCCCGAGAUCGCCCUCCUUGACUCCCUCGCCAACCUCACCAUCGCCGCCUGCUGCCUCCCCGGCCACGUCCCCCUCGAGCUCCCCACCCUCCCCUCUCUCCGCCACCUCAACCUCUCCAACAACAACCUUUCCGGCCACUUCCCCGUCCCCGACUCCGGCGGUGGCGCCUCCCCCUACUUCCCCUCGCUCGAGCUCAUCGACGCUUACAACAACAACCUCUCAGGGUUGCUUCCUCCCUUCUCCGCUUCACACGCUCGCCUCCGCUACCUCCACCUCGGCGGCAACUACUUCACCGGCGCAAUCCCGGACAGCUAUGGCGACCUCGCCGCGCUCGAGUACCUUGGACUCAACGGCAACACGCUCUCCGGCCAUGUCCCCGUCUCCCUCUCCCGCCUCACCCGCCUCCGCGAGAUGUACAUCGGAUACUACAACCAGUACGACGGCGGCGUCCCGCCGGAGUUCGGCGACCUCGGCGCGCUCCUCCGCCUCGACAUGAGCAGCUGCAACCUCACCGGCCCCGUCCCGCCGGAGCUCGGCCGACUCCAGCGCCUCGACACGCUCUUCCUGCAGUGGAACCGCCUCUCCGGCGAGAUACCGCCGCAGCUCGGCGAUCUCAGCAGCCUCGCGUCGCUCGACCUCUCCGUCAACGACCUCGCCGGCGAGAUCCCUCCCAGCCUCGCCAACCUCUCCAACCUCAAGCUCCUCAACCUCUUCCGGAACCACCUCCGCGGCAGCAUACCGGACUUCGUCGCCGGCUUCGCGCAGCUCGAGGUGCUGCAGCUGUGGGACAACAACCUCACCGGCAACAUCCCCGCCGGGCUCGGGAAGAACGGCCGCCUCAAGACGCUCGACCUGGCCACCAACCACCUCACCGGCCCCAUCCCGGCGGACCUCUGCGCCGGCCGGCGGCUGGAGAUGCUCGUGCUCAUGGAGAACGGCCUGUUCGGCCCCAUCCCGGACUCGCUCGGCGACUGCAAGACGCUCACGCGCGUCCGCCUCGCCAAGAACUUCUUGACCGGCCCGGUUCCCGCCGGGCUCUUCAACCUCCCGCAGGCCAACAUGGUGGAGCUCACCGACAACCUGCUCACCGGCGAGCUCCCGGACGUGAUCGGCGGCGACAAGAUCGGCAUGCUGCUGCUGGGGAACAAUGGGAUCGGUGGCCGCAUCCCUCCGGCCAUCGGCAACCUCCCGGCGCUGCAGACGCUGUCGCUGGAGUCCAACAACUUCUCCGGAGCGCUGCCACCGGAGAUCGGCAAUCUCAAGAACCUGUCCAGGCUCAACGUCAGCGGCAACGCGCUCACCGGCGCCAUUCCAGACGAGCUCAUCCGCUGCGCCUCCCUCGCCGCCGUCGACCUCAGCCGUAACGGCUUCUCCGGCGAGAUACCGGAGAGCAUCACGUCGCUCAAGAUACUGUGCACGCUGAACGUGUCCAGGAACAGGCUCACCGGCGAGCUCCCGCCGGAGAUGUCCAACAUGACGAGCCUCACGACGCUCGACGUGUCGUACAACAGCCUCUCGGGCCCCGUGCCGAUGCAGGGGCAGUUCUUGGUGUUCAACGAGAGCUCGUUCGUCGGCAACCCGGGGCUGUGCGGCGGCCCCGUGGCCGACGCGUGCCCUCCGUCCAUGGCCGGCGGCGGCGGCGGCGCGGGGUCCCAGCUGCGGCUGCGGUGGGACUCGAAGAAGAUGCUGGUGGCGCUGGUGGCGGCGUUCGCGGCGGUGGCGGUGGCGUUCCUGGGCGCGAGGAAGGGGUGCUCGGCGUGGCGGUCGGCGGCGCGGCGGCGGUCGGGGGCGUGGAAGAUGACGGCGUUCCAGAAGCUGGAGUUCUCGGCGGAGGACGUGGUGGAGUGCGUGAAGGAGGACAACAUCAUCGGGAAGGGCGGCGCGGGGAUCGUGUACCACGGCGUGACGCGCGGGGCGGAGCUGGCGAUCAAGCGGUUGGUGGGGCGCGGCGGCGGCGAGCACGACCGGGGGUUCUCGGCGGAGGUGACGACGCUGGGGAGGAUCAGGCACCGGAACAUCGUGAGGCUGCUGGGGUUCGUGUCGAACAGGGAGACGAACCUGCUGCUGUACGAGUACAUGCCGAAUGGGUCGCUGGGGGAGAUGCUCCAUGGCGGGAAGGGGGGGCACCUCGGGUGGGAGGCGAGGGCGCGGGUGGCGGCGGAGGCGGCGUGCGGCCUCUGCUACCUCCACCAUGACUGCGCCCCGAGGAUCAUCCACCGCGACGUCAAGUCCAACAACAUCCUCCUCGACUCCGCCUUCGAGGCGCACGUCGCCGACUUCGGCCUCGCCAAGUUCCUCGGCGGCGCCACCUCCGAGUGCAUGUCCGCCAUUGCUGGCUCCUACGGCUACAUCGCGCCAGAGUACGCAUACACGCUGCGAGUGGACGAGAAGAGCGACGUGUAUAGCUUCGGUGUGGUGCUAUUGGAGCUCAUCACCGGACGCCGCCCCGUGGGCGGGUUCGGUGACGGCGUGGACAUCGUGCACUGGGUCCGCAAGGUGACCGCCGAGCUGCCGGACAACUCCGACACGGCGGCCGUCCUCGCCGUGGCCGACCGCCGCCUGACGCCGGAGCCGGUGGCGCUGAUGGUGAACCUGUACAAGGUGGCCAUGGCGUGCGUGGAGGAGGCGAGCACGGCCCGGCCCACCAUGCGCGAGGUCGUCCACAUGCUCUCCAACCCAAACUCGGCCCAGCCCAAUAGUGGUGACCUCCUCGUCACCUUCUGAACCCCAAACUUAACGGUAUUGUUUGCUGUUAAUGUGUGCGCUUAAUUAGCGGCUAAUUAAUUUUGGCUUAGCUGGUACUUUUGCCGCGUGUGGUUGACGUGUACAAUAACAGGCGGAUUACUACUGCUUUUCUGCUAUGCGUAAUAGCUAAAUGAAUAUGUGCAUAUUAGUAAAGUUGAAGUUGAAAUGUCUUAUCUCCGGGGCUAAUGAUCUGAA